CAAGUCAGUCCGUGGGGCUGUGAUCUGAGUCCUGUACCCCUUGGAAGGUCCUGCCUUCCAAACGGACAGACAGAGGCGGCCGCUCGUGAGAGUGCUGCGAGGCGCUGCCCAGGCUCCCGCUGCCCUGAACCAGACCCGACACCCCGCGUUCUGCCUUCCAAGCUGCCCAUGUCCAGCUACCUGGUCUGAGCAUCAGGUCCCAGUGCAAAAAGGCUUCAGUCUCUCCUGAGCCAGCGGCCCAAGAGCAGGAACCUCUGAGCUGAAGAAUCGGCUAGUCGGCAGAAGACGGAUCAUUGUGAGUCACCUCAAGGUGACAGUGGGAUCAGGAGCAGGGGGCCACCCAGCAGCUCACACCCUGUCAGCAGGCACUACGAGGGGCGGGGCCUGGCCUCUGUCUCCCCACAGUUAUGGACUGACAAUUGGUGCAUGCUGAGGGGCUCUCUCUCUCCAGAGCUGCAGAGAGUGUGGGUUCCACCAUGCUGGCACCAGGCAGUGGCCCAGAGCAGAGGAGCAAGCUUGCCCUGCAGUGGAGGCAGGUCUCCUGGAUCACCUGCUGGAUUGCCCUGUGUGCUGUGGAGGUGCUCCCUGCCUGCCCUUUCUCCUGCACAUGUGACAGUCGCAGCUUGGAGGUGGACUGCAGCGGCCUGGGCCUCACCACUGUGCCCCCGGAUGUGCCCGCUGCCACCCAAAGCCUUCUGCUCCUGAACAAUAAACUGAGCGCCCUGCCCAGCUGGGCAUUUGCCAACCUGUCCAAUUUGCAGCGGCUGGACCUGUCCAACAACUUCCUGGACCAGCUCCCCGGGUCCAUUUUCCAGGACCUGGUCAACCUGACGGAGCUCCAAUUGCGGAACAACAGCAUCAGGACCCUGGACAGGGACCUGCUCCAGCACUCCCCGCUCCUUCGCCACCUGGAUUUGUCUAUCAAUGGCUUGGCCCAGCUGCCCCCAGGGCUUUUUGAUGGUCUCCUGGCUCUGAGAUCCUUGUCCCUCCGCUCCAAUCGUCUGCAGAGCCUCGACCGGCUGACAUUUGAGCCUCUGGCGAGUCUGCAGCUGCUUCAGGUUGGGGACAACCCGUGGGAGUGUGACUGUAACCUUCGGGAGUUCAAGCACUGGCUGGAGUGGUUCUCCUACAGAGGGGGUCGCCUGGACCAGCUUGCCUGUACACUACCCAAGGAACUAAGGGGGAAGGACAUGCGUGCGGUCCCCAUGGAGAUGUUUAACUACUGUUCCCAGCUAGAGGAUGAGAACAACUCUGCUGGGGUGGAUGCUCCAGGGCCACCUUGCACCAAGGCUAGCCCAGAGCCUGCUAAACCUAAGCCAGGGGCUGAGCCUGAGCCCGAGCCCAGCACUGCCUGCCCUCAAAAGCAGAGGUACAGGCCCGUGAGCGUGCGGCGAGCCAUCGGCACGGUGAUCAUCGCGGGCGUUGUGUGUGGCAUUGUCUGCAUCAUGAUGGUGGUGGCUGCUGCUUACGGCUGCAUCUAUGCCUCCCUCAUGGCCAAGUACCACCGGGAGCUCAAGAAGCGCCAGCCGCUGAUGGGGGACCCCGAGGGUGAGCAUGAAGAUCAGAAACAGAUCUCUUCCGUGGCAUGAGAGCUGUCUGUGUGGCCCAGGUAGGACAGCAAGGAGACUCCAUGGGACUGCUACCAAAGGGCUGCCCUUCCCUCCAUCACAGGCCCUGCCUCAGCCUGACACUGGUACUGCCUCCCUCAGCUCCCUGGCCCUCGUCUGCCCUCCAGUAGAGCAGCCUCCCAGUCUUCUUUCCGAGUUUCUAGAAGCUUCCCUUGGCCAAAGGUUCCUGUGGAAGGCCCUCUCUGGGCCGCUGGUCUUUGGAACACCUGAGCUUCCCUGCAGGCUUCUGGCCACAGGGGAGAAGGAACUUACACCAGAAACAUGUUCUGCAUUGAGCACGUCCUCCCGCCCAGGGCCAGCUCAGCUGGUGACCCUCCCUACCUCUUGCUCAUUCCCACUUCAGUCUGCAUUAGGGCCUGAGAGGGAGGGACAGGGGAGCCAGAGGCAGAUUUCUGUGACUCCUUUUGAAGCCAGAAAGAUAUUCUUAGGUCCUUGCAGUGUGAAGCUUGUCCAGCUCUCAGCGGCUGGUGCCUAAGUGCAAACAAACACCCCCCAGCCCUGUGAUCUGGGUCCAGUGCUUAGAAAAACCAAAGUGACUAUAAUGUCUUCCUUGGGUGGUCCCUUGGGUGGUCCCAUUAGGUCCCUUUAUCUGCUGUAGACUCCUCUGACUACAUUGCUCCAGGUUUAUUACUUUUAUGUUUUUGUUUUAGUGUAGGGUUUUGAGACAGGGUCUUACUCUACACACUAAUUCACUGUCACACACAGGGCAUCGCUAAACGAGUCCCACAGACCAAAAUCACACACACACACACACACACACACACACACACACACACACACACACACACACACAUGGAGACAGAGUCCAUGAGAACGUGGGGCCGAGGCCCGCUGUCCCCUCAGCAUGGAGGUCACAGUCCCUCUUACUUCCUGACUACAGUCUUCCCAUGUCAUCAGGGGUUAGGUCCUGGACAAAAACACAGGGAUCCUUUGAGACCCUCUAAAGUGGGCCAAAGCGUGCUGCUGGAGGAAUUGCCCAUUGCCAUGGCAACCCUAGCACCUCUCCUGCUAGGUUUACCAGAGAUGUAGGAGCUGUGUGUGUGUAUGCAUGACAGGUUCCAGGCCUCUGGGAGCUCACUUGCAGACCCCUGGGUAUGCCCGGGAAGCUCCACCCUGCCAGGUCCCAGGCACACCCAGCAGUUUCCACUCCUGCAGCCUGCAACCUCACUUCCGUUCCUCUGCCAUCUGCAUCUUUUGUUCAUGACCUCAAGGCUGGGUCUGGGCUCUGCUCUGAAAUUGGUGGUUCACCUUAAGGAGAGCAGAUGUCAGGCAGUGGGUCGUCGAUGAGGCUGGCUGCCUUCAACACAUUCCCAACAGACUGCAGGAACAGGAACAGGAUGGCUACAUUCUGUUCAGAGUCCUCAGCGACGGGGCUUCCUUCCCCAGGGGUUCAUGGGCUGGUGUCCUGGGAGCGUGCAAAUAAAUGCAGCUGGGCUGUCCAAGCUAAACCGUGGCUGCAGUACUAUCUGGAAAGGAGACUUGCCCCCUGGGCUGUGCACAUUUUCAGGGUUGCUGCUUCUGUUCUCAGCUGCCCCCUCCUUAGAGACUGGUCUCCCUCUGCAGCAGAUGCCAGGCUGAUACCCUGCCCUGAGAAGGGUGUUGGUGGUAGCCAGAAAGAGGCCAGCUAGACCCUGAGGCACCGAGGAUACGUCUAUGAGGGCAUCGGGGAAGCCUUUUCUUCUCCCACCCACUCUCCUAGCAGGGGUGUGCACUGGGAGUCUCAGGAGAGCUUUCAAGGUUGUUCCCUGGCUGGCAGACAGAGGGCACAGACUGCCACUCAGGAUCACAGGGUCCUCUAGGCCGGGCCACAGUCUUCCUUCCUCUUUUGGCUGGCGGGCCAAUCCCAGAGCUGGGAUUUUCUAAGGGCCUGGGGGAGGGAGGCUGUUGUCAGUGGUGAUAUCUUUAGCCUGAGACAGAAGAUUUUUAAAGGCAAAAUUAUAUUUCUGGUUUGUUGUUUCAGAAGACCAAUAAAGACUAUUUUCCUAUGUA